AUGAUGAUAAACUCAACACAGGUUUCAUAUUUUACAUUUAGUGCCUACUUUGACACCAGGAUUUUUAAAUACUUAUAUUUCCUGAUUAUUCUGACUUUUUAUAUUUUAAUUAUUUGUUCCAAUGUUUUGCUGAUUGCUGUUAUCUGUAUGAACAGAAGCUUACAUGAACCUAUGUACCUUUUUCUGUGCAGCCUGUUUGUAAAUGAACUGUAUGGUAGUACAGGGUUGUUUCCAUUCCUUCUGGUUCAGAUCCUCUCUGACGUUCACACUGUUUCUGCUCCACUUUGUUUCCUGCAGAUCUUCUGUUUGUACUCCUAUGGAGGUGUAGAAUUUUUAACCUUAGCCAUCAUGUCUUAUGACAGAUAUCUUGCUAUCUGUUAUCCUCUACACUAUCACACACGUAUGACUUACAAUAAGAUUGCUGUGCUUACUGCUCUAAUAUGGUUAUAUCCUUUUCUUAUCAAUACUUUAUUUAUUGCUGGUCUGACUGUUCCUUUACAGCUUUGUAGUAAUAUUAUUAACAAAGUGUACUGUGACAACUAUUAUGUAGUCAAACUAGCAUGUUCUGAUACAACAGUUAAUAACAUAUUUGGACUUUCUCACUUGUUUACAGUAAUCUUAGGUCUUAUAAUUGUAAUUCUUUACUCUUACAUGAGGAUUCUUACAGUUUGUUUCUCUGGCUCUAAACAGACCAGACAGAAAGCUGUCAGUACCUGCACACCUCACCUCGCUUCUCUGAUCAACUUUUUCUGUGGGGCUUUCUUUGAAAUGGUGCAGAGCAGGUUUAAUAUGAAAUAUUUACCGAAUAUGUUGCGCAUUUUUUUGUCCUUAUACUGGCUUAUAUGCCAACCUCUCUUAAAUCCUUUACUGUACGGACUGAAAAUGUCCAAGAUACGCAUCAUAUGUAGAAGUCUUCUCUUUGGGGGUAAAAUGUAA